CGCGCAAUUAGCUGACUGUAUCUCCUUCUUCCUCUCCCUCCCCCUCUUUUCUUUCUGUCUCUCCGGGCUGUCAAUCGCUGGAGGAUUUGUCGGAGUUUCCGAGCGUCUCUGCAUCUGUGAGGAUGUUGUUGUGGCUGGUUUUGUUCCUGCCUGCCAUCUCCUCGGCUCAGCGAUCAGAGCCCAUGUUCUCAGCCAUAACCAAGACCGUCCUUCCUCCCGACUACGACAACAACCCCACCCAGCUCAACUACGGCGUGGCUGUUACUGAUGUGGACGGGGAUGGAGACCUGGAGAUGUUUGUAGCUGGCUACAACGGCCCAAACCUGGUGUUAAAGUACGACAAGCAGAAGAAAAGGCUUGUCAACAUCGCUGUCGACAACCGUAGCUCCCCUUUCUACGCCCUGAGAGACCGUCAAGGCAACGCCAUCGGAGUGACAGCGUGUGACAUCGAUGGAGACGGUCGGGAGGAGAUUUAUGUCCUCAACACCAAUAACGCCUUCUCUGGUCGGGCAACAUAUUCUGACAAGCUGUUUAAGUUCCGUAAUGGACGCUUUGAAGAUCUGCUGAACGAUGACAUUAACGAACACAGAGAUGUGGCCAACCGUAUGGCUGGGCGCUCAGUGGCCUGUGUGGACAGAAAGGGUACAGGCCGUUAUGCCAUCUACAUAGCCAACUAUGCCAGUGGCAACGUGGGUCCUCACGCUCUCAUUGAAAUGGAUGAGGCAGCGAGUGAUCUUUCACAGGGCGUCAUUGCCCUCUCCAACGUGGCAGAGCAGGCCGGAGUCAACAAGUUAACUGGGGGGCGAGGUGUCGUGGCGGGUCCGAUUGUCAGUCAAAGCCUGUCCGAUGUGUUUUGCGACAAUGAGUACGGACCCAACUUCCUGUUCAGGAACAAUGGAGAUGGAACUUUUACUGAUGUGGCGCAGCAGGCUGGUGUGGAGGACCCCAUGCAGCAUGGCAGAGGGGUGGCUCUGGCAGACUUCAACCGUGACGGCAAGACAGACAUCGUUUACGGGAACUGGAAUGGACCCCAUCGCCUGUACAUUCAGCUGAAUAAUCGCAAACAAAAAUUUAAGGACAUAGCAUCCCAGAAGUUUUCCAUGCCAUCCCCGGUUCGCACUGUCAUGGUUGCUGACUUUGACAAUGACAACGAGCUGGAAGUCUUCUUCAAUAACAUCGCCUACAGGGGCCCCUCCGCCAACAGGCUCUUUAGGGUGAGCAGGAGAGAGCAUGGAGACCCUCAGAUAGAAGAGCUGAAUGUUGGCGAGGCAUCAGAGCCUGAAGGGCGAGGAACCGGAGCUGUUGUCACGGACUUUGACAGUGAUGGUCGCCUGGAACUGUUGAUCUCUCAUGGUGAGAGUGCAGCACAGCCGCUCUCUGUCUACAAAGUCAACCAGGGGGCCACGAACGCCUGGCUGCGAGUGAUUCCCCGAACCAAGUUUGGUGCUUUCGCCAGAGGAGCUAAAGUGGUGUUGUACACUAAAAAGAGCGGCCCACACACUCGGAUCAUUGACGGUGGCUCAGGGUACCUGUGUGAAAUGGAGCCUGUCGCCCACUUUGGCCUUGGUAAGGACGUCGCCACUAAUGUUGAGGUGUACUGGCCAGACGGUCGUUCAUCAGCUCGACCCCUGGAGCCUUCAGACGUCAACACAGUGCUGGAGAUCCACUAUCCAAGAGAUGAGGAGGAAGUCACUCCCACUGUGGAAAUAGAGUGCGGCCAUGGGUUUGCUCUGAAUGAGAAUGGCCGCUGCACAGAUAAAGAUGAGUGUACCCAGUUUCCCACUGUGUGCCCCUCUGACCGCCCCGUCUGCACCAACACCUAUGGCAGCUAUAAGUGCCGCGCCAAGAGGAGAUGCAACCAGGGCUUUGAGCCCAACGAUGAUGGGUCAGCCUGUGUGGCCCAGGUGGCUUACUUUGGGGGGACGCGGUCUUCUGGGGAACGCAAGCGUUCCGGCCUUUCUUUCUGGAUGCUCCCCGUCUCUGUGCUUCCACUCAUCUCUACCCAUCUCCAGACUGGACAACUGUAGCCAUCACUGUCCUCUCCCCUUCCUAACUCUCUCCACUGCUAAAUGGGGAUGUACAGAAACUCUUGGAGCAAACUUUUCGCUGAAAGCAUCUACUCCUUCUUCUCCUAUGUGGAUCUCUGCUAUCUUUUUCCAUCAGUUAUUUACAGCCUUGCCCUCUCCUCACCGCUGCUAUGUGUCACCUCUUGGCUCCCGGCCCCCUCUGGACUAUAAAGACACACACAGGGAGCAUGCUCGCUGGGAGCUACGGGGUUCAGAACUAAGUGUGUCACACCCACAGAGCCCUCACGUCAUCACCUGGCACUUAUCUUAGUGGGACCUGAACUGAGGCCAAGUCAAUAAGUGGAGCUGCAGCGUAUAAACCACUGCACAUACAGUACAGCAGACAGAUCUACUGGCUCCACAGACCACAUUCAUUAGAGACACGCUGAGAACCCAUCUGUAUCUCCACAAUGCCAUGAUGUUAAUCCUUACAAUGUCACCGUCAUUCUUAUUAUGGGCUUACUGGGAUGCUGAGGAACACCAGGUCUCCAGCUUUAGGGCCUCUGUUUGUGUGUGAGUGUGUGUGUGUGUGUGUGUGUGUGUGUGUGAGAGAGAGUGUACUGUGUCCAAAGAGGCAGUCGGGUAGCAGAACAUAUGCCAGACCAUCUGUCUCCGAUGGCAGGUUACAUUUUGUUACCUAUGAAUAAUACAGCAGUACAGUGAAGGAUAUAAACACACAUGUAUGUGUGAGUGAGCACAAGCAUAGGCAGGAGGAAAUUAAAAAAAAUCUAAGUACAGUACUAGCUGGAGGGUGUACUUAAAACAUACUUUACUAAGCAAUUUUUAAAAUCAUUUGCCACAUAACGCAGAACUGUAAAUUUUAAAGCAGCGUCAGCUUACACUAUUAAAUGCUAACAUUAACAAAUUUAGUAUUUAUUGCUUAUUUUCCAAUUAAAUUCAAAUAAAAGGCAGGUAAUAAGAACAUAAAGACACAAGGAAGAGGAUGUGGAUUUUUAUGGACCAUGAUUUUUCUUGAAAUGAAUUAACGUUCUAGAAAAACACCUCAGCAGUUCAUUUAAUGUAGCACUGGUGAUGUUUUUACAUGUUUAAGCACAGACGCUGGAAAGAUGACUUGAAUCUAUAAGAAGUUAUUUAACAAUUUUUGGCUCUAUUCCCCACCCUUUGACAGACACAGUUUUCACCCUAGGAGGGUGAAAUUUGGCACAUAGGUCAAGUGUGUGUGUGUUUGAACAUGUGUGUUUGUUUUCAUGAAAAAAAAAUGGCUUAAAGGGGAUGUGGCAAAUAGGGUUUGCAUGGGUCGUUGCGGCUAUUAUGAAUAUUUGCUUGUAAAAUAAUUUGCCCCAUAAAAUGACUUUAAAGGAUAAGGCUGGUGAUUUUCCAUACUUUUGUUAUUGUCAAAAACUCACAUGAAAAAGGCAAAAAUGGUGAUGCUUUGGUGCAUCUCUUUAAUUUUUUUUAUGAUUACAUGAAUCAGCUGGGUGCUGUAGGUUUGUUUUUUGUUUUUGUUUUUUAGAAAAAAUGACUCAAACAGGAGUUAACUGUGUGGAUUUUUUUUAUUGUGAUUUUGUUGGAAUUUAUUUUGAUCUGCAGAUUUGGUGUGCUAUUUGCAGCAGUAGGAUGGUUUACAUCAAAAUAAAUUACAGUACCAAUAUUCACUGUAAUGAAGGAACAUGUCAGUGCAACAGCAUGGCUCACUGAUAUGUUUUUAAUGAUGGUAAGAAUGGAGGUCUGAGGCACAGAGAA